AUCUCUCUGUGUCUGUACAGUGGGGAGAUAGCAGCUUCUGCUGGAGAGAGAGGAGCACCUGUCCUACUGGGGUGUGACAGACCCACGGCCGGGGGGAGAGACAGCCACACGUCCACGCUGCAUGACUGACGAAGAUGUCAUGGCGUCCAACGUACAGGAGCUCAAAGUUUAGGAACGUAUACGGCAAAGCUGCCAGCCGGGAGCAGUGCUUCGAUGGCAUAACCAUCACCAAGAACGUUCAUGACAACCACUUCUGUGCCGUCAACCCCAAGUUCCUCGCCGUCGUCACAGAAUGUGCAGGAGGAGGGUCCUUUCUGGUCUUCCCCAUUCACAAGGCCGGCCGCAUCGACCCCCACCACCCCAAGGUGUGUGGCCACCAGGGCAGCGUGCUGGACAUCAAGUGGAACCCCUUCAUCGACAACAUCAUAGCGUCCUGCUCCGAGGACUGCUCUGUGCGGGUCUGGGAGAUCCCAGAGGGGGGUCUGAGGAAGAACCUGUCCCAGGCUGUGUUGGAGCUGUACGGACACAGCAGAAGGGUUGGACUCAUCGAGUGGCACCCCACCUGCAGCGGCCUGCUGUUCAGCUCCGGCUACGACUUCAAGAUCCUGCUGUGGAACCUGGAGGUGGGUGCGGCAGUGAAGAUGCUGGACAGCCACUCAGACGUGGUGCUGUGCAUGUCCUUCAACACGGACGGCAGCCUGCUGGCCACCAGCUGUAAGGACAAACAUCUGCGCAUCAUCGAGCCUCGCUCAGGGAAGGUGCUGCAGGAAGCAGACUGUAAGAGCCACAGAGUGAACAGAGUGGUGUUUCUGGGCAACAUGAAGCGUCUGGUGACGACAGGUGUCUCACGAUGGAACACGAGACAAGUGGCACUCUGGGAUCAGGAGGACUUGUCCGUGCCCAUCGUAGAGGAGGAGAUCGACGGGCUCUCUGGGCUGCUCUUCCCCUUCUACGACGCUGACACACACAUGUUGUACCUGGCAGGCAAGGGAGACGGCAACAUCCGCUACUACGAAGUGAGCACUGAGAAGCCCUACCUACAGUAUCUCAUGGAGUUCAGGUCCCCUACUCCACAGAAGGGACUGGGUGUGAUGCCCAAGCAUGGUCUGGACGUAGCGGCCUGCGAGGUGUUCCGCUUCUACAAGCUGGUGACUCUCAGAGGCUUCGUGGAGCCAGUCUCCAUGAUAGUCCCACGAAGAUCGGAGACAUUCCAGGAGGAUCUGUAUCCCAUGACGGCCAGCACAGAGCCGGCACUCACCGCAGAGGAGUGGCUGAGCGGCACCGACAGAGAGCCCGUGCUGAUGUCCCUGAAGGCAGGCUACAGGAGGCCAGGCCAGGGGACCUUCAAGGCCCCGGUGAAGGACAGGAGGAGCGGCUCAGGAAACAGCCUGGAUCUGCUGGACAUGGUGCCGCCCAAAACAGAGAACGAGCUCCUGCGCAUGUUCUUCAGACAGCAGGAUGAGAUCAAGAGGCUGAGAGAGGAGCUGCUGCAGAGAGAUGUCACCAUCCAGCUGCUAGAGCUGCAGCUCAACAACCUGAGGAACAACAGCUCCUGACCUCUGACCUCUGACAUGUGACCGCCCCCGUCCCCCCUCUGAUCUUCUACCCUCUCAGGAAGAGACACUGGCUCCCCCCCCCCUCCCGCACCGAGCUGUGAAUACUGCCAAACAUCCCCCCCUGAUGCCCUACCCCAACACACCGCCCUGACCAGCCCUCAGGGUCCUCAUAUAGAUCUAGUGGAGUGUAAGUGUGUGAAGGGUUAGGCUGAGGGGACCUGAGGACAGGGGGAAGUUAGGGCCACCUUGGGUGAUCCUCAUUUACGAGUUCCAAAAACAUGCGUUCCCUGUUAGUACAUCCAGGAUCUGCCCAGAUAGCCAAAGCACCCAUGUAGGAUGUGGAGCUGGGAGGAGAAUCCACUGUGAAAGGCUAGCUAGGCAAUGGGCCCUCUGGCUAGGAAGGAAGACCGUUUGAUGCAAUAACUGGUAACCUAAACUGAAGUACCGUACUUGUGUGUCAUCUUGAAGACAACUUAUUGAGUAACAUAGCAGGUCGGCUGCAGGAGUGAUGAAGAUGCUCUGCUCCAGCAGUGAUCUGGGAACGAGAGGUGAUGUGAUGAAGAUGCUCUGCUCCAGCAGUGAUCUGGGAACGAGAGGUGAUGUGAUGAAGAUGCUCUGCUCCAGCAGUGAUCUGUGAACGAGAGGUGAUGUGAUGAAGAUGCUCUGCUCCAGCAGUGAUCUGGGAACGAGAGGUGAUGGGAUGAAGAUGCUCUGCUCCAGCAGUGAUCUGUGAACGAGAGGUGAUGUGAUGAAGAUGCUCUGCUCCAGCAGUGGUCUGUGAACGAGAGGUGAUGUGAUGAAGAUGCUCUGCUCCAGCAGUGAUCUGGGAACGAGAGGUGAUGUGAUGAAGAUGCUCUGCUCCAGCAGUGAUCUGGGAACGAGAGGUGAUGUGAUGAAGAUGCUCUGCUCCAGCAGUGAUCUGUGAAUGAGAGGUGAUGUGAUGAAGAUGCUCUGCUCCAGCAGUGAUCUGUGAACGAGAGGUGAUACGAUUUGAAAACCAAGCCACCGUCUGCCUGGUACUGUUCUUUCCGUACAUGCAGUUGGUUUUCAUGAUUGUUAAAUGAUCCUCACAUCAAUACUGAAUAUUGUCAAAUGAAAGGCAUCAACUUACCAAGCCAUAUCAGUGACAGCUUGGCUGGUCAUGUGAAGUGGCUUUCCGAGGUUAAAGGGACCAUUCUGAGAAUGUUUCCUGAAGUCUGAAUAAAAUCUAUCACAGAUGCUAAGGAUACCUGGGGCCACUUCUGUGUGUUUAAACAUGUUAAUAAAAGUGACAAUACAGUUUAGAAAACUCUAAAGCAUUCAAGGUCAGAGAAGGUAAAACAUUGAAUCCUGGAAAAGACGGUAUCAAGAGUAUCUUAUCAUUUGAAAAGAAUGAUGUUUGUUAUGUUGAAGAGGGUGCUUUGUACGUGAAGUUUGGAGGAAGUGUGAACGUUGGCUUUAGUAAGACAAUAAACAAGUGCUAAUAUGAUAUGAACUUGUGUUAUCAUGCUACUUAUUGGAGCAUGAAUCUGCAUAUCCCUGCAGCUGUCCCAUUUACUAAUU